CCAUAGCCAGUAGCAGCCACGUCUUCUUUGCUCGGCUCGUCGUGUGUUGCAUAAGUUCUCCUUUCUGUGUGGUUUCAUUUUCUGAGAGCCAAGUCUCUUUCUGUUUCUCGUCAAUCUCACCCCAAUUCCUACUAGAUCAUAACGAUUCUUACUACACUUUCUAUAUUCCUUCUUUUGUUUCAUGAUCCUUAGAUUCUUCGAUCCAGUCCAUCGAUCUAUACCAGUAGAUUGAGAGCUCAUGGAACGGAUCGUCGGCGGAAAGUACAAGCUCGGCAAGAAAAUUGGCAGUGGAUCCUUCGGUGAAAUCUUUCUCGCUACUCAUAUCGAUACGUUUGAGAUCGUUGCUGUUAAGAUCGAGAACAGUAAAACAAAGCACCCGCAAUUGCUCUACGAAGCGAAAUUGUAUCAUCUUCUUCAAGGAGGCAGUGGUAUUCCAAGCAUAAAAUGGUCCGGUGUUGAUGGGGAGGACAAUGUACUGGUUCUUGAUUUGCUGGGACCAAGCCUUGAGGACUUGUUCGUGUAUUGUGGAAGGAAGUUCUCUCUCAAGACAGUUUUGAUGUUGGCUGAUCAAAUGAUAACAAGAAUAGAAUACGUGCACUCUAAAGGAUUUCUUCAUAGAGAUAUCAAACCUGAUAACUUCCUCAUGGGUCUUGGUCGGAAAGCAAAUCAGGUUUACAUAAUUGAUUUUGGCCUUGCAAAAAGAUAUCGAGAUGCCACAACCAAUCGUCAUAUUCUGUACAGGGAAAAUAAAAACUUGACAGGAACUGCACGUUAUGCCAGUUGCAAUACUCACCUUGGAAUUGAGCAGAGCCGACGAGAUGAUUUGGAGUCACUUGGCUAUGUACUGUUGUACUUUCUUAGAGGAAGCCUUCCAUGGCAGGGUUUGAAAGCUGCCACAAAGAAGCAGAAAUAUGACAAAAUUUGUGAAAAGAAAUUGUCAACUCCUAUUGAGGUUCUAUGCAAAUCUCAUCCUGUGGAGUUUGCAUCAUACCUACAUUACUGUCACUCUUUGACAUUUGAUCAACGACCUGAUUAUGGAUUCUUGAAGCGACUGUUUCGAGAUCUGUUUUCUCGUGAAGGAUAUGAAUUUGAUUAUAUUUUUGAUUGGACUAUCAUAAAAUAUCAGCAGGCACAAAAAAGUAGAAGCCAACCUCGUUCAUCUCCGGUUCCUGGUGCAAGUAGUAGUCAUAUAGUGCCAACAGAUAUGGAGAACCCUCAAGGAGGCAAUAAUGCUCUUUAUUCCUCUGACAUCAUGCGAUCUGGUGGUCCUAGUGUACGCAUGCAAUUCAAAUCAACAACAGGCAAGAAUUUGAGCUCUGAUAAUCAUGUUGAUAAGAAUACUGUACCUGAUGCACACAUCCCUUCUACUUCAUUUUCACUUGUUGGGACCUCCAAAAGAAAUGCCCCAAAGCCUGUUUUGCCCGCCGAAGCUGCAACUCCUGGUCAAGGACACAGCAGCAAAAUUGGUCCUUCAAGUGGCUGGAUUUCAUCGUUGCAACGCAUUCAUUCUGCUAAGUAAUUCACAUGGAUUCCUUUCUUCUACAGCAUUGUUUGAUGGGAAGAAUAUAACAUGGAGCUAUCAUGCAGGGAUGUCAGAUGAAGGUCGCAAUACAUAUAGUUCUGGAUUUUCAUGGCUGCUCAUCUGGGAAGACACUACCUAAAACUCCAACAGUGGGAACAAAAUGAUACUGAUUUUGGUGCAGGUUGCUUGUAUGUGUGCAUAAUUGUAUUGCAUACUUGGUUUAAAUGAGAAAUAGUGGAAUUGGUUAUUCUCUUGUGAAGUAGAAGUUAGCCUCUGUAUUAUACAGCCAAGAAUUUGAGAUGUAAGAAUUACCAUUCAAGCUUGUUUGUCUGAUGAUUUUGCAAAAUUCAAGUGAGCAACAUUAUUUUGGUAA